AUGGCAGAAGAAAAGAAACUAAAGCUGAGCAACACUGGGUUGCCCUCAGAGUCAAUGAAAGUUGUAGCAGAAUCCAUGGGCAUUGCUCAAAUAUCUGAGGAGACCUGCCAGUUAUUAGCAGAUGAAGUUAGUUAUCGCAUCAAGGAGAUUGUACAGGAUGCUCUGAAAUUUAUGCACAUGGGGAAGCGAAAGAAAUUCACAACAAGUGAUAUAGACUAUGCCCUGAAGCUGAAGAAUGUUGAGCCAUUAUAUGGAUUCCAUGCCCAGGAAUUCAUCCCAUUUUGUUUUGCCUCUGGUGGGAGCCAGGAACUUUAUUUCUACGAGGAGAAAGAGGUUGAUCUGAGUGAUAUCAUCAACAGUCCCCUACCCCGUGUUCCCCUUGAUGUCUACCUCAAAGCUCAUUGGCUGAGUAUUGAGGGUUUUCAGCCAGCUAUCCUAGAGAACCCACCUCCAUCCUCCAAAGAACAGCAGAAUGCGGAAGCCACAGAGCCAUUGAAGUCUGCAAAGCCAGGACAGGAAAAGGUUGGACCACUAAAAGGCAAAGGUCAAGGAGCUGCAACAGCUGAUGGUAAAGGGAAAGAAAAGAAGGCUCCACCCCAGCUGGAGGGUGCCCCACUGAGAUUAAAGCCCCGAAGUAUCCAUGAGUUGUCUGUGGAGCAGCAGCUGUACUACAAAGAGAUAACGGAGGCCUGUGUAGGGUCAUGUGAAGCCAAGAGAGUGGGAGCUCUCCGGAGCCUUGCUACAGACCCUGGACUUUACCAAAUGCUGCCAAGGCUUAGCACUUUCAUCUCUGAGGGGGUGCGUGUGAAUGUAGUUCAGAAUAACUUGGCCCUUCUUAUCUACCUGAUGAGAAUGGUGAAGGCUCUGAUGGAUAAUCCAACCCUGUACUUGGAGAAAUAUGUGCAUGAGCUGAUUCCCGCUGUGAUGACUUGCACUGUGAAUGGACAGCUGUGUCUCCAACCAGAUGUAGAUAAUCAUUGGGCACUCCGGGAUUUUGCUGCUCGCCUGGCAGCUCAGAUCUGCAAAGAUUUCAGUACAACUACCAACAACAUCCAGACCCGGAUCACAGAGACCUUUAGGAAGAGUUGGGUGGACGAGACGACUCCCUGGACGACCCGCUACGGCUCCCUUGCCGGCCUGGCAGAACUUGGACAUGAGGUGAUUAAAACCCUGAUCCUGCCAAGGCUCCGGCAGGAAGGCGAGCGUAUUCGAAGUGUCCUGGAGGGUCCUGUGCUGAGCAACGUUGACAGGAUCGGGGCAGGCCAAGUGCGGAGCCUCCUUUUGAAACACUGUGCCCCGGUGCUGGCAAAGCUUAGACCCCCGCCAGAUCAUCAGGAUGCUUUUCGGACAGAUUUCGGUUUCCUGGGACCUCUCCUGUGCUCUCACGUGGUCAAGGCCCGGGCUCAAGCUGCCCUGCAGGCCCAGCGGGUUAACAGGACAACAAUGACCAUCACUCAGCCCCGGCCUACACUGACGCUAUCUCAGGCCCCCCAGGCAGACCCUCAAACCACUGGGCUGCUGAGGGUUCCUGGCUCUGUUGCAUUACCUGUUCAGACACUGGCGACUGCAAGGGCUGCAGCACCUUCUCACUCUUCUCCAUCCCCAAACAAGUUCAUAGUAUUGCCAUCUUCUUCUGGUGCCCCUGGCUCUGGCUCUACCAUGACCUCUCCUGUGACCACCACAGUCACCAAUGUCCAGCCUAUUGUGAAGUUAGUCUCCACUGCAACAGCAGCCCCUGCUAGCACAGCUCCCUCAGGGGCAGGCAGUGUCCAGAAAUACAUUCUUGUAACUCUUCCACCAUCAGGGGAAGGCAAGGGAGAGCCAACUUCCCAUGCUUCCCCAGCUCCUCCCCCAUCAUCUUCUUCCCCUUCUCCUUUUGGGGGUGGCUCCCUUUCUGGAGGAAAAUAG